AUGGAAGACGAGGAGGUCAUCGAGAUCACAGACGGCGAGUCUGACCAUGAGGCGUACGUUGACCGGCGGCCUCUCCUGACACCCAUCAUCACUCGAGUUGUUGAUGCGCUCGGCGGGUUCGAAGGAGAUGUGUAUCGAAUGGGCGACGAGGUUUACGGGUGCUUGAAGGAUCUCAAAAGACUAUGGCGGAAGGACGACACGGACGAUGAACGAACCGUCGCCCGGAUAUACUGGGAAACGCGGGUACUCCCAAACGAUCUUGUUUCAAUCUUGCUAGCGACUGCGGGCAAGGGAUUGGUGGAAGAUAAGCGUGCGAUUGCGUGCGUGGACUUGAUUACAGCUAUGACAUGGCCUAUUGAUAUGGCAGAGGAGUUGAAGGAGCUCGACGAGGAGUUGGACAAAGCCACCGAUUACACGCAACUUUUGGAGAGUCACCUCUAUUACAAGGCUGCGCUGCUGAAGCCGGGUGUCAUGCAGGCGUUCUUCGGCAUCAUGUUACCGCCGUUGGCAAUAUUCCCCAAGGAGAGGACGGAGCGAGAUGGCCAGAUCAUUAACGUCGUUUUGCACCUCAUUAGGAAUCUUGCAUUUAUAAAGGAUCUUCCGGCGAAUUCGCACACCAGCGCCGACCAAGCGGAGUUGUCUACCCUUCAAUCAAAACUCAUUCAAUCACUCCAGGAAACACACACCCUAGAGCUCCUCCUCACCCUCGCCACGAACUCCGAGAAUGACCCGCUUUUCAACAGCUUGAACAAUCUAAUCCUCGAAAUCUUGUACCUUCUCUUUCGGGGUGUCAAACCCCCUUCUCUCGUCGUCGAUCAAGCGAAACAACCUACGGCGAAUCUCCAUCGCCUUCUCGAGAAAGAGGACCGAAAUCGACGAGACCUGGCUAGGAAAGCUACCUCACGCCACUCGCGCUUCGGAACUACAAUCGCUGUGAAAUUGAACCCCAAUAAGAAACCACGAGCCGGAGAUGGUGUCGAUGGAGGUAAUGAGGCUGAUACCGAACAUACCGCAUCGUCAUCAAAUCGGACAUUUGUCCUCCACCGUCAACAAGCUAUCCACGGGGAGGCGGGGAGUAUAAUGGACGUGACCAAACAGCAACGAAGCAAAAAGGGGAACAAGGUAGACGAGCUCACUCGGGAAGAUAAUCUCUCCUUGGUGGCGAGAGUUGCCCUUCAGGAUCUCGCGACUGAGUUCACUCAAGGCUGCUUUAAUCCAUUCCUUGCGGGGUUGUUGAAGGAUAUCAGAUCAGAACGGGCGAAAAUAACGGAGAAAGAUAAUCUACGUCUGCUCUAUAUGACUAAGUGGUUCCUGGAAUUUUUCCUUUUGAUGCGUGUCAAAGAACAAGCGAGUCGCACCGGAGAAGAAACGUGGAGUUUUGGGCUGAUAGGCGAGGUAACGGAGAGGAGCUGGAUCAUAUGGGUGUUAAAGCGAAUGCGAGAGGCUGUGGAGGAGAAGCCAAAACAGUGGACGGAGCUCCAAGCAGGCAUCGAGUGCUUAACUCAAUUGCUUCUGCUCAUUGACCAGUUGUCCUCGUCGGAGAUAGAUGACCCUGUUUUGGUCGAGGCCGCGGAUGUCUUGCAGCAGCAGCUAAUUUACAAUGGUGAGGUGCUUGACAUCGCUCUGGACAGCCUGCGAUCGUACAAAGAGGGGAAGCAAUCGCUCGCUUAUCUUGAUUCGAGUAUUUAUCUGGCUUAUGCUCUUCUCCGGAUGCUGGAGAAAUGGGGAAAAGCGAGUGGGAGCGAGACAUAUGUCAGGAAAAAGAUCACCAGGAAAAGAAAAUCAAGGAAAGGCGUCGGGGAAGAGGACGGUAUUCCGGAUGUGGAAGAAAUAGAACAAGAAGACGAGCAGGUGGUUCACGAAACUAUCUUUACUUUCGAGGCGUUUGAACUGAAAUUCGCCAACUCCGAAAUAACUCACACCCUCUUGAAGUAUCUGUCGCGUUAUAAGGAAUUCUCCACAUCAGAAAACAUGCGCCGCGUGGUGAGUUUAUUGCACCGGCAGGUUGUCAAGGCCAAAGCCGAAGGGCUGUUUUUCAAGGUAUCAACUCUGGAUUUAUUUAAGACAAUCUUAGCAGAUCAGAAGUCCUUCCCACGAGAGCAACCAUAUAAAGACCUCGUCAACCUAAUCAAUUUCAUUCUACGUCAGUUCUUCAAGGCUUUGGAAGCGGAUUCGUUUCUGGCUAUCGAGGCAUUUUUCCCGAAAAACCGCGGCAAUUGGAAAAACUUCUCCAGCUGGGAACCCGAAAAAAAAUCCAAGAGGGAGAAGAAGACGAUCGAGAACACACGUUAUUCGCCUGACGUCGAAGUCAAGAAAGGAUACUCUUGGAGUGACCAGCUUGGCAUUGCGAUCGCUAAUCUUGUUGAGGGGGGCCAAAAGGAACUGGUCAAUUGGACGCAACAUAUCUUGACAGCAGUAAUCGACCAGAGAACGCGAAUCAUUGAGGAGACCGAUAAGAAAGAUAAGGAAGAUGAUGCCAUUGAGCUUGAUGACGAGGAGGAGAGGGCGGCCUUGCAAUCGAAAGGGCCUUCAGCGGAGGCCUUGGCCAAAAUUACGGAUUUUUUGAUUCCGUACCUCAGCGACGAACACGCCGACGCAGCGACGAAAAACCCUCAUUUGAAGCUUCUUUUCCGAUUAUCCAAAUUCUUCAUCUUGGAUGAAGACGCCGAAGAACUUGAAUGGUACGUUCCUGCGGGAAUACUCAUGUCCGACCUGAAGGGUACACUCAACGUGAUCACCCAAUUCCUCGAAACGCCGUUUGAUCUCAAUGGCAAGAAACCAUCCGAUCUCUUGGGCAAAAAACGACGUCGCAGGCGUAGGCGAUCGCCCUCUCCGAUAUCUGAUGCGGACCCCUCUGAAGAGGAACCUAAACGCAAAAAGAAGACGGAUAAGAAGAAGAAAGAAAAGGAGGAAUACAAAUCGGCACAAUUCAUUGAAGAUAGUGACGAAGAAUACGGGGAUAUGGAAGCCUUCUUGGAGAAGGAAAGGGCUAUGCGACAAAAGGCCCUGGAUGCGGCGGCCGUUGCGGGAAAUCGACCCGUGGCGAUGAAGCCGACUGGGACAAAGAAGCGUCGCCGAAAAGGAGACGAGACGGGUAAGAAGGGUAAGAAAAGAAAAGGCGACUUAUCUACCGAGGCUGCAGUUGACAUCGACCUCACCGAUGGAGCCCCUGAACAAUCCGACACAAGUGAUGUCGAAGUUGUGGAUUCACAGGAUAAGGGAAUAACUUCACCUCUGGGUCCUUCAAAAGCUGCACCCCGACCCAAGCCUCGGCCCAUCGCGAAGGCACGCGCCAGUUCAUCUCGACCUGCCGCCGAAACACCCCUCGAUCUGUCUUCACCACGGUCUCCCCAACCUCGUGACGGCUCUGAGCCUCCGGAAAGGCCUGUGGUGGGUCAACGGACAAAAAGACUAAUUAUUUCGGAUGAUGAAGAUUCUGGGUAG